CCCGGGCAGACAAACUGUCCGCCCGGGACAUUUUUUAUAUAAGGAAAUUUUGGCGACCCUUAUUGCAUGGACUCAUUAGGCAACCAAAAAAUAACAUAAAUCCAAUUUGCAUUAAAAUGGUUGACAUUAGAGAUGAGUUGGUUUGAAAAUCUUAAAAUUGAACAUUUGAUUGCUGGAUUAUCAGGAGGUGUUGUCUCUACAUUAGUUUUGCAUCCUUUUGAUCUAAUCAAAGUUAGAUUUCAAGUCAAUGAUGGUUCUUUAAUAAAGAGUCGAGAAACUUAUUCUGGUAUGUUAAAUGCUUUUUCUCAAAUUAUAAAGAAAAAUGGUUUUCAAGGAUUAUAUCAGGGUGUUUCAGCUAAUGUUGCUGGUGCCGGAUCAUCAUGGGGUUUAUAUUUUUUCAUGUUUAACUAUCUUAAAUCAACUUUUAGAGAUAUCCAAAAAGUAGAUAAUCUUUCUCCUGGUUAUCAUCUUCUCUGUGGAUUUAUUGCAGGGGCAUCAACUUUGACUGUAACAAAUCCAAUAUGGGUAAUAAAAACAAGAAUGUGUUUACAAGUAUUACCAGAAACUAAUUCUCUUAUGCAAAAAGAGUAUUAUACUGGAGUACUCGAUGGUUUAAAAAAGUUGUACAUGUAUGAAGGCAUACGUGGUUAUUACAGAGGAUUUGUUCCUGGUUUGUUUGGUGUUUCUCAUGGAGCUAUUCAGUUUAUGUCAUAUGAAGAACUUAAAAAAUUGCGUAGCAAAAUUACAAAAAAACCUGUAAACUCAAAGCUAAAUUCAUUAGAAUAUAUUGCAAUGGCAGCAUCAUCAAAGUUUAUUGCUGUUACUAUAACAUAUCCUUAUCAAGUUUUACGUAGCAGAAUGCAGGACACAUUGAUGCAAGAUAAAUACAAUGGUGUUGCAGAUGUUUUUAUUAAAAUUUAUAGAAAUGAAGGAAUAACUGGGUUCUACAAAGGUCUUGUUCCUUCAGUAAUUCGAGUUACCCCAGCAUGCUGUAUAACCUUCUUAGUGUAUGAAAACAUUUCUCAUUAUCUGUUGCCAAAUCUCCAUCAUUCUUGAAAAUGUUCAUCAAAUAAUUGAUAGCAGAAACUUCUUGGAAUGGUAUCCAUUAUUGUGUCUUUAACAGGGAUUUAAAUUCUGCUUACAAUUUUUUCAAGAAACGAACACAGCAUUCAAUGAAAUCAUGUUAAAAAGAUAAAAUACUCUAGA